AUGGCGCUGGCGCCGAAAAAAGUCAGCCGUCGGAAAAGUGAUCCUGGGACAAUAACUCUUCGAGCAAAUGCGGAAAAGUCGUGAGUUAUUGUAUUCAAUGAAAAUGCUCAAUAGGGGUUACAUAGUUGAAAAUUAAGAAUAGCCACGUGCGAACUCCCAUGGGGUGGCGUAAAGAUUGUCGCUCUUACUCCUUUGGAGUUCAAUCAGCCUAGCGGCUCUUUUGUCGGUUUGUCGCCGGAAGUUUUCUGGAUUUCAUCAAUUUCUUCAAGGACAAGCGAUUUUGCUGGAUAUGUUCAAUCUUUUCAAUCGCAAGCUCACAGCCGUUGUCGAGGACGAGCCAUUGGUUGGCAUUUGCUCUUUUUCCAAUAGAACACUGGGAAUUCAGGAGAAGUUACUGAACAAAACUCUUCAACGCGGCGGAGACCCGUACUUUGACAACCUUUGCCGGUUAAUUUCAUUUAGUUCUUAGUUUCAAUGGGCUUUUUGCAGAGCUCUGAAUGGAAUUUGCGAAGUAUGCCUCCCUUCAGUUCUUCAAGUUCUUUUGAAGUGGUACGAACACAUGGAAGAGAACUUGAGUGCUACUAUGACUUCUACAACACUAACGUGAUCGAGAUAUAGUACUCCAACAAUAUUUCCGGCUUUUUCAGAAACGAAAAUAGGCUGAAGCUUGCAAAAAAGUUGCUGGCUGUCAAUUACCUUUUCUGCCUAGUUCUUAUCGAAAUUCUCCCCCAGGUGAACACUUAUUCCUCAUUUUUCUGAUUUUCAAUGGUUUCAGUUGGAAUUCCAUGCAGUUUCUUGUGAGAAUUUCGUUCGAAAACUGUUGGACAUUUGUUUCCGUAACAUUCAGUACAAAGACAUGUUUGAUGCUUUUUCUUUUGGGAUUUUCGAUAAAUUGUUUUAGAAGCGUUACUGGAAUCAAUAAUACUAAUCAUUUGCUCGUGGCAGAAGCCUACGGAGAGGUUAUUGGAGUCCUCUCACUCACCUAUUUCACCAGCAUUCACAGGUAUGCGAUUUUUUUUUGAUUGCCUGAUGAUGUUGUUUCUAGAAUAUUCAUGAACAUGCUGAACGACCUGAGGAAAGAUUCUUCUCCACUGGUGCCUCACCAAAUGAUAGCCUUGAUAAUGGCCAUGAAAUUCGUUAAGAUUAAAGUCGGCGUCUCUUUUUCGCUAGGUCAUUAAAAACGAAGUUUUAGACAAAUCAAGUGGAAGAUUUUGAAAUGGGAGUGAAGUUUCUCGACGACUUAGGAACGUUUCUUCUUGAAGUCAAAGAUAAAGUUCGACUUUAUAUUUUGAAAAAAAUCCAAAUAAUGAGUUGAGGACGUGAAACACGCCGUUACUGGUCUCCUCGUUGAGAUUCUACUUCCCGUCGCAGCUGUGAGAUUCCUCAAAUUUCAAUAAUUAUUUGCUGUUUUCAGCAAAUCAAACGUGAGACGAAUAUUCCGUCGUUGAUCGCCCUCGUCACCAAAUUGUAUGGUCCCACCAAUGAGAUGGCCUCGAAGAAGCACCACAAAUUGGUUUUUGUUCCGAGACACACGAAAACAAAAAUUAUUCUCAGGCCGCCUACCCUUUGCAAACUUGUCUUCUUUGUGUGAGCCAACGGCAAUUUUUCCUCACGAACUGGGUUCCUUUUUUGAAUGUGACGUUGGCAAAUCUCAAGAACCGUGAUUCCAAACUUUCUCGUGUCGCUUUGGAAAGUCUCUAUCGACUUUUAUGGUCAGCAUCUCUAAAACGGAGGGGAAAUCUGAAGUCUUCAGGGUUUACAUGAUCCGAAACAACAGCGACGGCAACACUGCGACGCGUUCUCGACUGGAAUCUAUCUGUGGGAGUCUUUUUCCCAAAGGAAACCGAUCUAUAGGUUGAAAGUUGAUCUUUCUAGUUUCUUUGAGUCCGUGGCUUCAGUCCCUCGCGACGCUCCUCUCAACAUUUUCGUCAAGAUCAUCCACUUCAUCGCCCAGCAGAAACUUGACUUUGCUUUCAAAGUUGAUCUCGACAUUUUUCAUUUCUAUAAACCUUCUUCAGGACGUCAUUUUCGAUCUUCUGUGCUGCAACAGAACUCAGCGCUCGCUGUAUGCCGAGAGAAUGAACAUCGGAAUCCGAGCCCUGAUGGUGAUUGCCGACGGGCUCCAGCAGAAGGACGAACCUCCGGCCAUGCCGAAGUCAAUGGGUCCAUCUGCGAGCGGAACCAUCCAGAAAAUCCGCAAGAAGACCUACAUCACUCGACCUCUUACCGCUGAAAUCGCAAAGUAGUAGAAGAAUCUCAGAACUAGCUGUAUUUUUCCGUUUUGAAGAUCCAUCGGCCUGGAACAGUACUACACGCCUUGUCGAAAAGCCUUCGACUCUAUUUUGAGAACUUUGGAUACACAAAUCGGAAAGCCGUUGAUGAUGCCGUUAAUUCAUGGUCGUGGGAAAGAACCAGAAGAGUUGAUGAGGUGGAAAAACCGUUUCUGAACAUGAACAUGAAGAUUUUCAUUCAGUGGCGAUACGAAACCGAAAUUGGACCUUUUCCGCACGUGUAUUGCCGCCAUUCCACGGUUACUUCCUGAACCGAUGUCGCAUACGGUAAUUAUAAGAAACGGAAUAGUUCUCUUAACAAUAUUCCCAGUUGUGAAAUUAUUUUUCAUUUUUUUCGUUUAUGGCGUCAGCGCUGCCCCUCUAAAACACACGUAUUUUCAAACUUUUGAGAAAAACUUCCUUAAUUGAACUAUCUAUGUUUUCGGAUUUUUUUUUAGAAUAUCUGUUAAACAGUAUCAUAGAAAGAAAGUAUUAGUAUCAUAAAAAGAAAAUAUUAGUAUCAGCCUAGAGACCCUCAAAGGCUCAAGAAAGUAUAGACUUCCCUAGGAGCUCAUCGACAUUUUGACACGAUUGACUGUGCACAUCGAUGAAGAGUUGCGGAACAUGGCCGGUCUCACCCUGCAGAACAUGAUCGGCGAGUUUCCCGAUUGGCGGGAGCACGUCUUCGUCGCCCAGGUCCAACUGCUGCAGAGUCAGAUUUCGGUGCGACGCGGAGAAAAAGGAUAAUUUUGGACGAAAUGUAUUCAGGACUUCUUUCCAAAUGUCCUCGACGACGCUUUGCGGCUGUUGCUGCAGUUGUUGACGACUUGGAAGACGGCGGCUGGCGCGGAGAGAAAAAAGCAAGAUUUCCAGUCGUCCACGGCUCCUUCUUCCAUCGGAUCUUCGUCCCUGUGUUCUUUGCCGGAGAACGUCGCGCUCUCCUCGGCAGGAGAACGAGUUCAGAUCAACUACGCCCCUGUCCUCCACUCCAUCGAAGGCCUUGCUCUCGUCUACUUGUGUCAGAAUAGGUAGGAACUUCCAGUUGAAAGUUUUUUGUGAUUGAAUCGGUUUGAAAUCCGAUCAGAGAACUUUUUAAAUGGGUUUGAAAUCCGAUCAGAGAACUUAGAUUUUCGUUCUUCUGUCAUUGUCCUGAUCCUCUCAAGUAAACUUUCAUCUAAUAAGAAAUAACUAUCGAUUUUAUUCGAAAAUUAUCAGAAUUUGAAAGCCCUCUUUAUCUCUUAAAAUAUGAUUUCAAGAUCGCAGCCACGGAAACUGGCGAUCCAGCUGUUGAAGGAGGUCAAAACGAUCAUCGGACUUCUGGCUAUCGAAGUCUCUCUCUAACUUUUCUGUUUCUUCAUCGAAAUUGAUUUCAGAACACUGAUACUCCAGUGAUAACUGUCCUUGACAAUGCUACGCCAUACGUCGUCAAGAAGUAUAUUGAACAUGUGCCUUUGAGCGAAAGAGUUGGUUAGACAGAGGGAUUCAUAGCAGAAAAGGAGUUUCAGAUGGCUUGGACCAUGGAAUUCGCUUCGGUUUGCGAGAAGAUCGGGUCAAUUGAAACGGACAAUUGUUUGGUGAUUCAAAAGUUGAAAGUUGAAAAAUUGAAAGAAUUCUCUUUUUAGGUAAACAGUGACAAGGGUAAUGAAUAUUUGCAAUGGGAUGCCUGGGCGUGUGCUCUGAGCGGCUAUUCCGAAAGGAAACAUCUCUUGACAAGGUGAUAACUUUUUUCUCUUAAGUCUCUUCUCUACAGGUCGCCGAACGCAUUUUCGAAGGAUCAAUAGCUCUACAGAAAUAAUUCCAGAUUAUCUUAUACCCCUAAUUCUUUUUAACAAUAGUAAAAAAAUCCCAAAAAAUCCUCUUUGCAAAUUCAUCAGUCAUUCGAUAAUUAUUAGAUGCCCUACGGCGAUAAUGACAGCCUGGCCAAUCUUGUUCGCCAGACUGAACGCCGUCAGUGGAUAUGUCGAUCCGAAGUGAGUUCAGAGGAGAUCUGCAACAUCUCAUUGUCUACCCAGCAACCCUCAAAACGAAAGUCGCGCCUCGCUUCUCCGUGGCAGCAAAAGCAAAGGCUCCUCGGCGUACGGCGAGGCCUUGGGCCAGGACGGCUGUCUCUCCCUCUGGCAGAAAUAUUUGAUCCUUUGCUGCGCCUUGGCACCGUCGCCCCAGAACUGCUCCACCCUUCCGCGGAGCUUCAGUCCGACUAAUUCGUGAGGAUACAUUUUUCAGCAAAAGCCAAUUUUCAGUCAAAUUUUAUCAGUUGUUCCUUUCUGAAAAAUCGUUUUCCUGUUCGAAAAAUUGAGUGAUUUUUGGAUGCGACCUCUCAAUCAAUCAAUCAAAAUGUUUUAUUUCUCACACACAAGUACUCUAAAAGGAAGAAACGAUAUAUUUUUUCUCUUUAGAUUCAGCAUCAGUAUGGAUGCUUCGGACGUCUUCCGGUCCGUCUCUUCGUCCAUCAGAUCUAGCCGAGGACCUCUGCCUACAACUCUUUCCCAGCUGUUGUCCAAGUUGUGCACAAUUCUUCGAUGGGAAAACAUGACGGACAUACGGGAUAGCGUCAUUCUCGGCGUUGGAUCCAUGAAUCCCUACGCGUUCGAUUCGCUGAUGGAGGAGCUGAAAGCCUGUGGAAUCCUGCGGGAAGCGAUGGAGAAGAAGGUGGAGACGAAUCUGCGACGUCGCAGGAGGAAAGACCUGCUCCGUCUGCAAAUCAUCCGCCUGAUCGAGGUGUCUCUCUUCUCAAUAAUCUUCAUCAUUUCUCUCAUCUGAAGAUUGCCGUCUUCCGCGGUCUUCUGGAAGUUUCGAUGAUUGACUCUUCUGGAGCACUCAACAGCACUAUCGUUGAAUUUAUCGAUUCGAUGCGUGUUAAUCUUGCCAGUGACCAUGUAGGCUCCGAAGUUCAAGCUUAAAAAGUAGACAUAUCCCAGGAGCGGGAUCUGGUUAUUGUGACACAGCUCCGACUUCACCUGGCCAAGCUCAUUGUUCUGAUUAUAGACUCGACGCCUCCAUUUUCUCGUUCCGGUGAGUCUGAUAUAUUGCGAUCUAUGUGCUUCUUCAGGUUUAUUGUCUUCGGAAAAGCGGCAGAAUCUGUUCUAUUUAUUCAUUGGAUGGUGUUCUCGCUCCAUCACGGCUGGCAGGAAAUGCAAAGACAAGGAGGUUCUAAUUAUCUUCGAAGCUUUCUCAACCGGGAUUCAGGUCGGCUCCUACGUCGAGCAGAAGUCGAUCCUGGCCAUGACGAGGAUUUUGUGCUGCGGGCCCAUUUUCGAGGCGAACAAGUCGAUCGGAGAAGACGGCUAUCUCUACGGCUGGCUCGAGGAGUUUGUCACCAGCAACAAUGCGACGAUGCAAGCCGAAGUCGAAGAACUCCUCGCCUGGGUUUUGGAACUCAACGAGUCGAGUAAUAUUCUGGAUUGGCUCAUGGCGCAGUGCUACCAGCAGGUGAUUGGACUCAAGAGUAUUUAGAAGGUAGCUAUGAUUUGGGUUUUUUUUUUGGUAGACUAUAAUGAAUUUACCACGCUGAGCGGAGGGUUUUACUACCAGAAAUGAUAAUAGUUUCAGAAACAGAAAUCUUCAGAAGGAUAGUUCGUGAGUUUAAAAUCUUAGACAUUAUAUAUAAAGCUUCGAAAAACUACAGUAAAUGUUCUGAAUCACUUAUGUUUUGGGGAUUUGAACACAACAUUUAUCCAAUCUGAGAAAUCCUUUUUUUAAACUUUGUUUUUUUCAAAUUAACUGUAUUUUUUUCUUAAUAGAAAAUCAUCUCGCGUGUAACAGUCCUUCAAUUUCUUUCGGUGUGUCGUAAAGGUUUCUAAAUAAAACAUUAUUUACUUACUAGGGAACGUUUUUUACCCCCCGGUUGAACUUUUGAUGAAACUUCGCUGAAGUGUUCUUUAACACCUCCUGAUUGCAGGACAAGAAAAAUAUUUCUCGCAAUAGAUCUCGUUUUCGAGUUAUGAACCUUCAAAGUCCGCAAAACACGCAAAUUAGGCCAAAAAUACACUAUUUCAAGCUUUUGAAGCGUCCUAACUCGAAAACCAGAUCAAUUGUGAGACAUUUUUUUCUUGUUCUGCAAUCAGGAGGGUCUAAAGUACACUUCAGCGAAGUUUCAUAAAAAGUUCAACCGGGGGGUAAGAAAAGAUCCCUAGUUAGGCCAAAAAAAAAUUUCAAUAUAGAAAGGAAACGAAAUUUGAGAAGCUUUUUUCUGAUGCGUCCUUAUUCAGACGCCUACGGUGGCAUGCCGUUGUUUCAAAGCACUGGUGCGAGUAUUUUCGCGACGCGACUUUCCCUGCGAAUUCGUUUCCCUUUUCGUCCUCUGCCAGUCGAUGCUCGCCGGGCCGUCCACCACGGACUGUGCUGUCCACAUGAUCGAGAUGCUUCGGAAACAGUUCCUCGAUUCGUACGCAAAGACGUCGUUUCCUCCCACAUCCCACUUCUUUCAGAUCUAGCGCUCUUCAAGCAACUUCUCCCAUCCAACCAGUCCACUUCAGGAGCACGGCAAACAUCAUUUCAGUACGAUACUAUCGUUUUCUCUGUUCUCCAUUCGUAUUUCCAGACCCAAAUCGGUCACAGCUUGCCGAUUGAGCAACAGAAAGUCUGUCGUAGGCUAGCCAACGCUUACCCUCAUCUCACUGUGACUAUUUUCAGCGGUAUCUCAAACUGAAGAGUGUGAUCUGAGAAUUUCCGUUUUUCGCAGAAGUUUCGUAUCGAUUGGAGUCCACUACUUGCUCCAGUCGUGCUCAACUCUUGGCACUACUCCAGCCGUGGAUAGCCAAUCUCGAACUAGUUGAUCCGAACGUGGUUGACGAGGCUUUGGAAGGACCUCGAGGCUGGGGCUCCGAAGAGGCGACGCAACUCGUUCUGAACAACUUGCUCCAUUUGACAGCUACUUUUGGAGCUGAUCAUGAAAAGUGUGAAAUCCCAAAUGACCGAAGAAAAAACCCUUUUCAGAGAGCUCGGUGAACUGUGGAAGUCUUUGGCGGUUUCUUUUCCCGCCAACCUUCCUGCGAUUCUCAACUACUUCUACACGGUCACGUUGCUGUCGCAGGACACCUUGUUGCCUGUGAUGAAGAGGGUCUGCGUGAUCAUCUCCGACGUCGUCGGCAACAGGCUCGCGACUCUGCUUCUGGAGUGGCUGAGCGGCUCGCAGGACUCGGUCCGCGUCGUCCUCGAACGCAGUGACAUUCCGCCUUUCUACAGAUGGCGUGACGAUUCUGUCGACCGCAAGGUAUCUUUUUCGUCUGGGUUACAGCGAAUUAUGAACGAUUUUAGGAGAAGAGUGAUGCUCCGAGCUCGCCUUUGAGAGAUUCGCAGGAGCUGAAGGUUUGAAGUCGUUUUUUAGGGGUUCGGUUAGAUUUGAAACUGUCUCGUGAAUAAGCUCCGAGUUCUUUGGUUUCGAGGGGAACGGAAAACGUUUAAGAAAAUCAAUUUUUUUUUUGGUUAAAACCAACCUUAUCAGUUCCUUUCCUCAUAAAAUUUGAAAUGAUCAAAACCAUCUUCUCCAUUUUUUUUUUGGUUUUCAACGUGAGACUCAUUUUUCUUUAUUUUCUUCAUUCAAGGACGAAACUAUAAAAGAUGGCGUGAGACUUCUUCCGAUGCCAGCCUACGGAGGCCAUUAUUCUCAACUUUCUACGCUUCUGCCGCCAACUACACACCCUGUUCAGUUCUUCAACAAGUAUAAAGAUCGGAAUAAAAACCAAAUGUUAUGAGAAUCUUUCACAGAAGUGAAGUCGGUUUGCUCCUCGUUUGUGACAUCAUCCGAGCUGCGUCGGACGUCGACUGGUCCGAGGCGACGCCGGUUCUUCUGCACGCCGGAGUUCUUUCUCUCGAUUCCCUUCGUCCAGCUCUCUGCCGUCAUGCUCGUCAGGUCCGACGGGAUUAUCUAUUUCUGGAAGACAAAUCACAUUUUCAGACUAUCAUCAAUGUUUGUCUGCUUUUUGUUGAUAAAACUUCGUUGACGCAAGUUUCUUCGAUUCUUCUGAAAAAUGAGGUGCGUUUCAAGUCGAUUUGUUUUUCUAUUCGAAGACGUUAAACGGAUGGUCUUGAAUCUUGAAAGAGAAGCGUUGCAUUGAUUCAGAUGGUGCAGUCACAUGCAGACGGCUCCUCUGACUUGACCGGAGAAUCAGCCGUCGCCGUCGCUCGCGGAGAAUCGCCGUCAUUUGCAAGGGCAGCCGCAGACGAGUACCGAACCAUGCUUCUCGAGAAUCCUUGCACCUUUUCCUCUUCUUCCGAUCUCGUCGCAGCCAUCGUCUUCUGUCUGAGUGAAAAGUUGCUCCUUCCUACAUCUGUGAGUUGUAUCGUGAUGUUCAGCAUGGACUGGCCUCUGUGGGCCAACGAGGAUGCGACUCCGCGGAACUGGCGAGUCCCGAGCGCGGCCCAACUCACUUGCCUCGUUCAAAGAGUCGCCCAGCUUCUGAUCGGAAACAUCCCGAUGGUGGCCAUCAUGUGGACGCAGUUGGCCAUGAGAAUGGCUUUGGCGACUUCACAACGACACAGUGCCGGACGGUGUUUCCAGGUUAAUAAGAGAUUCAAUUAAGCAUCAUACAAAAAAGGUACGAUGAAAAAGGAAAGUCUGAAUGACUUUUCAACUUUUUUAUGUCUUUAAGUUUUAGAAAAUAUAAAUUUUGAGUUAAGAAAAAACUGUACGAAAAUUGUGAAAUGACUCACUAGUGAGGUUAAUUUUUAAAAAACCAGUGAGCCGAAUAAUACUUUCUUUGUUCUUUAAUAAGAUCGCCAUUUUCUCUUGUUGCUGAAAGUUGUACCAAUAUUUUGUUAGUCUCUUUAAUUUUAUUUUUCUUACUCUAUUCUCUCACAUCUGAAGUGAGGUAGUUGAACUUCACGAAUCCAAAUAACUAAUAUUUUCUUCGCAGAUCGUUUCUGCCUUGCGACAACCUCCAGGCGCCUGGGUUCCGUCGUUGAUGAGUCGUUUGGUAGAAACGGCUGGCGAACAACACGAAGAGACGCAAGCCUACGUCACGGACCUGCUCAUUUGCCUCAUCGAUAGCGCUUCUAACAUCUCACCGGUCUGUAUCGGUCUCACCUUGUCGGUUCUAAAUAUUCCCUCCAGUCGAUAGAGUCUGUGAUCAUUCGCGGCUCAAUAUCGCCGACGCAUGCCCGAUCAACCUCUUAUACUCCGGCUCUGGUCCGACAGUCGGUCCUUUGCUCCCGAGUUCAGCACCAACACGACAAGAAAGGUUCGUCAUACAUGAACACAGGAUAUAAUACUGUAUCCCUGUGAGAUGAUCAAAUUUCCCAGUUUUGAGAUGUUUUUCUGUACCUGUGUCCACGGAUCCUUUUUUCUUUCUGUCCUCUUUUCUUAUAUAUGGAAAUGGAAGGAAUCAGUCCUUUCUCAAAAGAACAGUGUUUCAAAAAGUGACUGAGAUAAGAUUUUUUGGUUUGAUGUUAGAGUCUCACGCCCAUAGUUUCAGACGCGCGACUGUCGUUGCUCGUCUCUGACAAGGAGUCGUGGUCCGUCGCCACUGAGAAGUUUGUGAGGAGCAAAAGUGCCGACCAGUUGAAGACUGACCUGGAAGCCGAUGAAGUGCGUUGAUAUUCCAUUUGGAGAGAACUACAUCAAAAAUUGCAAAUCAAGGUUAUUAUUUUUUCCAGGAAGUCAACGCUCGGACGCAAAUGUGCGCCAUCGCUUUGGCUCUGCUCGAGAGCGGACUCGACAACGAGUUUCUGCUGGCGUUGAACUUGUUGGACAAGGUUCUGGACAUGGGAACGGCCCAAAAGCUGCAGUGCCUCCACAAGCUGGACAAGAUGAUCGCGCAGCUCGAGUGGAAGAACUUCGACGGCAUCGUUUCUCUUGUGAUCCGAGGUAGGCCUGUGAACUCAAAAAAGAUCUUUUGAUUUUUCAAUUUCUACAAACUUGUGCUAUAUAAUAACAACUUGAAUGCCUUAAUUGCCCUAUUAGAACCUCCAAAGCAUACUUUUUUUCCGAUUCACUCUUUGAAAUCCUUUAAAAGAAUAUUUUGAGCUGAAUUUUCGAAAGAUUCACAGAAGGAUAGUGUAAUCUUCGAGGUAAUCGAAACAGUGACCGUGUGAUUUUUUGAAAUAAGCCUUUCAAAAUUUGAUGUAUAGAUGCUGUUAGAACGUUGGUCCCUCAUGGAAGUUCUCCUCACCGAUGAAAAAAUUAGUGAGUAGCCUAAAAUGUGGAGAUAAAAUGCGAACAUGGAAAUGUGAACGGUUUUGAUGCGGUUCGGCGAUAAGCACGACGAACGUCGUUUUUUUUAUCGCACCCAUGAAUCAAAGUCGUGUGCCCCUGUCUCUCCGACGGAGCGACGUUGCACUUGAAGAGUCUGAUUCGAUUAACUCAGGUUCGGUGGUAUCGAUCGCCUACGAAGCCUCGAUUCAGGCGCUCAUCCGUCUGUGCGACGUGCUCGAUGAAGACGUCGUCGGCGGUUGGAGAGGAUGACGUUGGCACAGAAUCUGAAGACGUGCGGAUUUCAGGUCACGACAGCAUCGCCUUGUUCGUCGCCCACACGCUUCCUUACAUGCUGCUCAACUUUGACAAUCCCAACAGCCUGGCCAUUGACGCUUCGAAUGCCAUCGCAGCUGUUGGAAGGAUUACAAGACUGAAAAGAAUCUUUUUGUUUAGUUCUGCCGACAAGAAGUCCAGCGAGUUGAAAAAGCCCCUUCAGACCAUCCAUUCAUUCAUUUAGCUACGGUAAGCGGAAAAAAAAGUUCGAAAAAGCCAAAAAAUGCAAGAAAUCGAAAAUUUUUGGAACUUUUUAAUUGGCUGUCGCAUUGAAGAAAGUUUUCUUUUGAUCAUUUUAUUCAGCUUCACUAGGAAAUUUUCUUUAUCUCUCAAAUUUGGUGGCUCCGGAAGGUCGCAAGUGAUAAGAUUUCAGGUGAUGUCGCAAUACGCCUCGAAGAGCUUCCAGAAGGACGGUCUUCAAUUUGCCAAAUGUGUACUGCAGUACAUCUGCGACGGCGUUAUGGGCAUCAAUAUGGACGCGAUUGUCUGUCUUCUGGCAGAGGUUAUCCUUUUCGCCAAAGCUUUCGUUAUGAAUUGAAGAAGAAAAAAACUUCGUUUUGGUCAUGAUUUGUAUUUUCUACCUAUUUUACUCAGUCACUAUUUCAAGGUUGAGACUCAAUAGUUGCUACCAGCACAAACUCUUUGUUUUAGAGCUUUGAAGGUUUAAUUUUUUUAAAUUUUUAAUAGGUUCUAACAUGUGCAAAGCCCUAAUUUCAAGAAUAGAAGUUUGCACAGGUUAUAAUAUUUAUCUAGACUUUUCAAAAGUUUUCCAGCGAGCUCUACACGGUUCUCAAUUACACACUGGAUGGACUUUGAUUAUUAUUUUUUAUGCUCCCUUCCUUCACUUCCACUGAGUUUUAGAACUAACACAGUAGGUCAAAAAGUCGCUCCCACAGAAAAAAAGACAACAAAAGCGGAUAAGGCGAUUAUCGCGUGUGGAAAUCGCGGAGUGACAAUUUGUCGCGUCGAAGAUCGUCGCCCCGCAAUAGGCCACCUCCAAAAAUAUGUUUCCCACAUUGACAAGGCAAGGCAGCGGAAUCGAUGGUUAUCUCAGUGUAUACGACGGUUCCAAUCGUCACGGCGAAUCUUGACGGACGAAGCAACAAAGUGACAAACUUCCAAUGUGACAGACGGAUCCACAGUAACCAGCCCUGGCUCUUGCAACUGUUAUGGCGGAGCUAGAAAAGACAAAUUUCUAGUGGAAUUAUUGAGAAAAUGAUAGCAAGAGUUUCCAUCCAAGAAUUUUCAUUAUUUUAUUCUCAAUCUGCAUAGCUUCGGUUAAGAACCGUAAGAAAAUAGGCUCUAGCCGCUCUUGCAAGAUUUUUCGAAAUAUUAUUCUGAAGGUGCUCCUGUGUUGACCAACUUCUGUACUAUGAAACAUUGAAAUCUCAUUUCAGAAAUGUAUAUUUUUUUUCAAAAGCCUCUCUCAAAAAGGAAGCAGCCCGUUGAACUCAAAAAUCAAAGUCCAGCUUUUUCCAUUUUAUUCUAUUCCUUUUUUUAGUUUUUUUUUUCUUGAUCAUUGAGAGUUUUUGAUGAAAAUUUAUUCUAAACGUUUAUAAGAAAGGGGUAAGAAUCUGAAUUGAAGAUUCUGGAGCGCGGCUGGUCGUCGAUGCAAGGCUACGUGCUGCACAUGAUCUUCCUCCUGGUCCAGCACAGCCACAACACGGCGCUGUCGCCUCUGUCGCUGAACGCACAGGUGGCUGAGAAGUGUCGAUCCGGAAGCACCUGCUCGCAUACGGUUUCCCUCGAACAACGGUGUGAACCGCCUUUUUGGCGCCAUCCUUUCCAGAUUCGGAAAUUGGAUAACGGCCAACUGCUAAUCCCAAUAAUUCUUGUCGGGUUUCGCGUCAGAUCUAUCAGCUAUUGCAAUUCGAUACAAUCGCUCGCCGUAUGGAGUCCAUUAACGCUUGUUACCUUUUUUGGGUCUUUUUGGUCCCGCGCGGAAUUCUCUACAAUAUGUAGGAUGACAUUAACGAAGAAUUAGGCAAACCAUCAAAGUAAAAAAAAACCUAAGGAUAAGUUUUAUUGAAUGAUUUCCGAGUAAAAGUCUUAUUUUUCACUUUUUGUCAACUCUAGUUCAAACGCAGAACUCAUUAUACACGAGAAAGAGAAGUCGACUCAGAAGUCCACAUUUAACAUGAAAAGAUAUACUUUCAAAAAAUCCACUAUUUCAGUUCCAAGAAAUUCGUAAAAAGAAGAAUGCAAGGUUCAUUUCACUGCAAAUCUAGAAAAAUAUGAAGAAUAUUAACUCCUAUAAAAAAAUCCAGUAUUUGGAAAGUUUGGAGAUAAAUUGUUUUAUCGAGCUUGACUUACAGUGAAAUUCUAUUCAAUUUUACUGAGAAAAUUUUGGACCCCUAAUUUUCGAUAGUGUCUUCAUAUCUACGGUAGGGAGAUCUGGCGGGAACCGACGGAUAGGGUUAGCGGCAACGCAUUUUAUGAGAUUUUGAUUGACGCAUGUCGGCGGGUCGACCCGUGUUAUGACCGUAUGCUGGCAGGGCGGCUUCCGUCUGAAGUCUCAUCUUCUAUUGUCUAUUUGUGGCGUUUUUCAGGUGAUACGCAGCGUCUCGCGGCACUUGCAGGUGAGUCGUCAAUUUUAUGAUCUUCUCAAAGGUUUUCGGGACUCAUUUUUUUUGGUUUUGGAUAUCCGGCUGAUGUAUGCGACAGUCAGGCGCCUGGUCUAGUCUCCUUUUAUUGAAAUAAAAUGUCUUUUAUAGGAAUUUAUAGCCGCUUUCCAGGAAAAUGACGAAGAGGUCAUAAUAUUAUGAGUUUUUUUUCGGAUGUGAGAUGUGAGAAAGGGAGAUUCAAAGUCAUAACAUGGAAGAGUGGAUCUAGUUAUUUACCGGCAAAGCUAUAAAUCUUCAGUUUUGUGUUUUAAGCGAAUAGUUCAGUAUUUGGCGAGAAGAAAAAUUUAUGUAGUUCGCCUUUUUUGAAUGGAAAAGCUGAAAAAAUGAAUCGAAGUUAAAUUUGACAAUUGAAAAAUAGUUUUACAUUCUUCGAACUGAAGCCUGAGAUUUCAUGAAAAAAAUUGUUCAGUCGUUUAGGCUCAUUUAAUAGCUAAAAGCUUCAAUAAAAGUAUGUCUUUACAAUUUUUCGAGUUGAAUCUCUUUAGGCUGUUAGGUGCUUGUGUACGAUUUGACGGUUUCUUCUCAGGGAGUUCACUGGAAGGAAGCGUCCCGCGUUUGCAAGGCCGUGGUGGAGAAGCUGCGCGACGAGGCGACCGUGACGGCGAUCGCCGCGGGAAUCAUCAUCGAAGGCGGCAUCGUUGUAAGUGCCAACAGAAACACCUGUUUCCAAGCGCCGACAUGUGCGACCGACUGAAAUGCGACACUGUGCUGCUGGCCCCUCGCUACCGCAAAACCAUGUUAAAUUGUUAAUGACUUGGGUAGCGCGACGGCUUCUUUGAUUUCCGCCGCCAAUUGCUGGGAAAUUAGCAAAUUGAGAAGUUUUUCAAUCCGAGAAUGUGGUAUGCCAAGGCUUGAAACUGUACUCAGAGCGCUCUUUCUCCGAAGAAAUCAUAGAAAAACGAAAAGAGCACAUCAUAAAGAAAGAGCAGAAAAUCUAGAAGGUUUCAGCUGUAUUGUCAAGUAUAUAUAUAUUUGAUAGUUUGAAGAAUACUAAAAAAAACUUAAUCCCUCUUAAAGUGCUUCCUAGAAAUUAAUCUUUAAAAAAAUGUUACGGAGAAUAUAAUAUGAAGGUUUAUUGGCGAAACCGGUAGAUGAAAUGAAGUUCAACAGCAAAGAAAGGAAACUGAAAUUUCAAGUCAAUUUUUAAAAACUUUUUUUAAUUUUUAAUUUUUUUAAUAAUUUUUUUCAUAUUCUAAUGGAAGUGUUUUUUAUCAAUAAACUGAAGAGAAGAAAGGGAACAAGGAAAAUUUCACGAUUUUUCCCCAAAUAGUUAUUCAGAACUGCUUGGAGACGGGCUCGAUGCUGGAUCUUCUGCCGGCCUUCGUCGCGGCGACUUCGAAAGAAGAUCGUGCGAUGAGUCCCCACUCGCCACGGAAAACCAUCGAUGGACCGCCGUUCGCCGGGGCGAGCACUUUAAGAAGAUUGCCACCGGCACAUGUUCGUUCAACGCGAUUGUCCAUACAAAAUGGCUGGUACAGAUCCGAGUUCGCGAUCACCUUGUUGGUGUCUUGUCUGCGUCGGGCUUGCGGAUCGGCAUCCCUUCGGCGACGUCGCUGGUCUUCUCCCGAAGCGAACUUGGCAGUGCUGCUUCGUCCACCGACAGAAUCGACGCUUCUUCUCAAGUAUUUUCCAUUUUUUCCUGUAGAAAUAGUCUUUUCAUGCAUUCCACAUCUAGUUUUUCUUUUCAAAACUUUUUUUCCAGGAAAUUGCCUCUUCCGCCUCUUUGGCUGAUCCUGCCGCAAGCAUCACUGAUUCGUUUCCACGAGUCUUCAAAGUAAUCGAAUCUAUAACUUGACUAAGUUCUCAUACGAUUUCAGGAGUUUGAUUUCCUCGAAGCGGAGCAUGACAGCGUCUCCGAGACGACGGACAGCUGCUUCGGAUGGCUGUCGACGAUGCGAGCCACGACAAGAUCUGGAGAAAACGGAGAUGACCGCCACUCCGUCACGCGCAACUACGACGACGAGGAGAACGAAGACGAGGUUUUUAGUCUUUCCGACGUCGUCUAAGCCGUUUCCAGGAGUCUGAGACGCAUACUACGAGCCAGGAUGAUCCUUCGUUGGGAAGAUUCUCCAGGUCUUCUAUCGAUGACGAAGAAGAACGCACGCCGUGUCCUUCAGAAGGCUGCGACGUCGACCAAGAUGAUGAUGGUUCCGAAAUCGGAAAGAAAUGUUUAGCUAGAUAGUUUAGAUGUUCUUGAUGGUUCGGCUUGCGAUGAAGAAGAAGCUCUGCGAAUCCGCCUAGGAUCAGCCAUGCUUUCCUCUUCCCAUUUGUCUGAUUUUCUCUUUAUCUCUCAACAAAGUCUCAUUUCAGAGAACACAUUCAAGACACAAGUAUCGACGGCUCUUCGGUUUGCGCCUACAGCCAUACCUCGGUCACCGGCGAUUAUUAUCCUAACCGCGUUCGAACUCUUUCAGUCCAGUGUCUUCAUCAUCUUGAUGGAAAGGUAAAGAAUAGCUGAAGAAAAAAAAACUUUUUUAAAUGGAAGUUAUUGAAAAACUUCGAUUCGAGUUCAAGCUUCACAUUCAGAUUCGAAGUUAACGUUCAGUGAAGUUUUGGAGGACUGGCAAUUUUUGAAAAUCUGAACGUUUGGAACAUUCAGAAAUGUUCGAUAAGUUGAAAAACUACAAUAUCCUUUUUCUCACUAUUUUGAAAUGAAUCGUGAUAUUGAGAUGAACCUGUAAGUCUCUCCGACUGGGAAAAGUUUUCCGAAUGUUUUGAAAAAAAAAAGUCACAGUUACUGUAUGAGAAAGUUGUUCUCCAAACAACAGUUGGAUUGACUUGAAGUCUGCUCAAUGAUGUAUUCAGGUGGAGAACGACUGGACGAGUGCGAUGAGCGAGCUGAACGACGACGUCGACGGCGAGACGACGGCCUUCGCGACACUUAUCGCUGCCCAAGUCUACAAGGUAGUCGUCGGCCUCGGGUUUCAGCGACUUCUCGCCAUUUUCGCCACUUUGUCAUACGAUCACGCGUGCAAAUAGUCGCAGUGCGAGCCUCCCGCACACAUGCUGUCACUAAUCUCGCCCUAUCCGGUUGCAAAUUCGCCAAAUCCCGCUGCCGUGUUGACUGCGACGCCAUCCGUAGUCGAUGUCCUAGUUGGACCUCGGCAGAAAUUCGAUCGGCUCUAUAAAUAUGCUCGCUGGCAACUUUCGAAUUUUACUGAAGGUGUAAUAGGGGCUCAGAUCAUCUGCGAGAACAUCUUAUCAGGCCCAUCGUAGAUGGUCCAAAAACUUCUUAGAAAAGGUUUCUUAGGUUAAGUGCGUAAAUACUAUAAUAGGCAGAAGUCUGUUUAUUUACAAAAAAGGUUUUUUUCAAAAGGUUUUUGAAAAUCAGCAAAAAAUACCCGGAGUGGACGAUUCCUGACCAUUUCUCUUUACGGCGAAAAGUAAAAAAAUUUUUGCUAUUAUGUUUGAAGGGUUUGGUAGUACGGUCAGCUUCUCAUACAUGAUCCAUGAAAUUUCGAAAAUCCAUCAAAGUUUCCUAAUUUUAAUGGUUACGUUCAGAGAUAUCAUCUAUUACCUACAUAAUUGAUUCAUUUUUUGAAUAAGUUCCUCUUUUCCUUUCCGUUUCCCGCUUUGAGUUAGUCGAACCUUUUCCAUUGAUAGAUUUUUAGCAGUGCUCAUUUUCCAGAUGGUUUCAUUCAUUUUUUGAAACUGAUUCUCGAUUUAAAACUCUUUUCACUCGAUUUUUUGCAGGCGAGUUGCGGAAACGUGUGCGAUUUGCUGAGAGACGCCUCUCACUUGCUGUCGAACCGGUCGCUGUCGCGCAGCUUCAUCAAUGCUCAGGAAGUGAGCCGCAGUUCAUUGGAGGCUGCCUGGGCCUCGACAUAAUGGCCCCUGAAUGUGGUGUUUUUCAGGCGCUCGCCAAAGUUGUCGACUUCCCUUUCCUCUUCAUCACCGAGCAAUUUGUUUGACAAAUCGGCUCAUUGGCGGUUCUCCUAAACGAUUGCCUUUUUCAGAUGCGCGGCUCGCCUCUUUUGCAACGACUGAAGCUGUCGCUUUACGAGCUCAAGGAGCACUGGGAGACGUUUCAUGAGCGAAAAGAGCAGUGUCAGAAGGUGUGCAAAAUACAAAAGAUAGAUUGACCGGGGAUAUGAAGCGUUUGAAAAGGAACUACUUACAAAGUAUGAAAGUUCGAUUCUCAGGGGGAACGUCUUGCAAUUUUUGGAACCGAGACAUUUGAAAUCUUUCAGUAAAAAUUUGUAUGGUUAAAAAAAGAGGUUGAAGACGAAUUUUCUAAAAAAUCUUGUAAGAAUGCAAGUUUUGACAAUUAAUGGGGUUUACCGGCUAUUCACUUCUACGAAUGGGCUGGAAAAAAAUUAUAAUUUUUUAGUAACUGGACGUUCAAUUUUUUUCGAAUUUUCAUUUAAACGCUGAAAAAAAUAAGGAUUUUUCAGACGAUUAUACCUCUCAAAUACUAUUUAAAGUUAAAAGUUGUCACCAAUCUUCACAAUCACUAUUUUUAAAAAAAAAAUCCAACAUAACUGAAACUUUCAUCUUGAAAAAGGAAUAUAAAUCAUAGCCGAAACUUCAGGGACGUUCCUCCUUGUUUGCGUAAGUGUUCUCAUUGCGAUCCUAUCUUGAGUUAUUUCCCUCUCUGUCAGCAUAAAUUCUGCAGCGCCACCCCGGUGUCUGAAAGGCGCCAGGAUGUUUUUGUGCCAAAGAAGAUGUCCCGAAACUGAAAUGAAUACCAAGAUCCGACGAAGGCGUUGUGUUUCUUAAUUUGCUCCGUCUCCGGAAAGCCGACGCACAUAUAACGUUGAAUAUUGCGCGUGCAUAUGCGCCCAUGAACAGAGGAAUGUCCUCUCUUUUUUCUUUUAUGACAUUACAACCACCGGAGUAUGAGGAUUAACGAGAAGGAUGAAAAAGAGGCUCCGGCUAUUCACUUCUGAGCGGCUGGCUCCUGUUUAAAUGUUUGGAAGUGUUUCUUUAGGCAAUCUCUGAGUGGUAUCAUAAAGUGGAAACGAGAAAACCCCUGAUUUUUUGCUGUAGUUUUCGCAGAUUUCCGUUUUUUUUCUCCAUUAACAAAUAUUUCUACAACAGUUUCCAGUAUGAAGUUUAAGAAAGAAGGAAUUCAGUUGAAAAUUCCUAAGGUGAGCAAUCAAAGAAAGUGUUUUCUUCCACUUCUUAUUUAGUUUCAGUGAAAGUACGAUUUUUUACAGCAAGUAUUGAAAAAAAAAAAUCGAAAAAUCAUUGCAAAAUGAAUAACUGAAGACUCUGAAGUUAAGAAAUUUUUGGUCGGUUUUUUUAUUCCUCGAAGGGUUUUUCAACCGCUUCUGAACUUGAUACUAUUAAAAAAAGACGUCUUUUUCGAAAAAUAAUGAAAAUAUUUCAGGCGCUCAACUCUUUGCGAUCAGCUUAUAAACUAUCAGCUUUGGGAGGCUCGACGGCUUCUCUCAGCUCUAGCACCGUAAAUGUUUCUUGAUUGUGCAUACUUCCUUUCUGGAAUCUAGGAACUGGACGUCGGUCGUCUACUCAAUAAACUUCUCUUCCAAGUGAUGCUGAUGAGCGACUCCCUGAAAGACAUGACCAACGUGGUCAAGAACUCGACCAACUCUCAAGUGAGCACUUACCGUAUUGUGAGCAAAUCUGCUAAAGCUUUCGCGGCUGGCUGCGUGUGA